UAGAGACGGACAGAGAUGAAGACCCCAUCAGACUGUGUAGAGCUUGUUUGUUAGUGUGGUACUGUUUAACACGUGUGAACGAACACUGUCCCUUUCCAUCUUCGUGCGCUGCGCUGGCUUCCUUUCUAGACAUCGAUCCUUGUCUUUUUCUCCGAUCACGGAACCAUACGAACCUCGAGUACCUCUGCGGCGGAGUACUCAUGUGGAAAGAGGAAGGGUUGGAUGUAAUACUUGUGCCGGCGGGUCUCGCCGUGAUGGUCGCCUACCACGUCUGGCUCGGCUACGCCAUAAUCCACCGUCCAAAGCUCACUGUAAUCUCCCUCAACGCUGAGUCUCGACGGCAAUGGGUCUUCUCUAUGAUGACCGAGCCGCUGAAAAACGGUACACUGGCAGUACAGACAAUAAGGAACAACAUAAUGGCAUCAACACUUUUAGCGACAACAGCAAUCACUCUCUGUUCCAUCAUCGGCGUCUUCGUAAGCAACACCUCUGCUUCCAAAUCCACAGCGUCACCUAUCAUAUACGGAAACAAAAGCCCGGUCCUUGCAACCAUCAAGAACUUCGCGAUCCUCGUAUGUUUCCUCAUGGCCUUUCUCUGCAACGUCCAGUCCAUCAGGUACUACGCUCAUGUGAGUUUCCUGAUCACGGUUCCUGUCUCGAGAGGGAAGAGAGAGCAUUGCGAGUACGUUUCUAGAAACCUGAACCGAGCUAGCUACUUCUGGUCUCUUGGAUUGCGAGCUUUCUACUUCUCCUUCCCGCUCUUCUUGUGGAACUUUGGUCCCAUCCCUAUGUUUGUGUGUUGCUGUAUGAUGUCGUCGAUUCUUUAUUUCUUGGACACGACCACUAGCUUCACUAGGCAUCUCCAUAGCGAGUCGUUUAGAGAGAUAGCUGAGUCUAUGGACGGUGAAAUCGAAUCAGCGGUUCAUUCUCUGUAGAAUGCACUCUAGGUUUUCUUGUGUGUGUUCGUUGAGUUUCAAGAGUUGUAAUACUAACGGAGUGUGUUUGUUGUAAUGUGAUGAGAGCAACCUUAGCUGAGUUUGCGUUUCCAUAUAUGAAACAACCUUGGCUGCGUCUGAGAACGCAAACGCUUAUGGAAACGCAAAUAAACUCUCCAAAUAACAUGUUCUGUAGAAUGUAGACUAUGUAAUCUCUUGCACAUUGUUGUCAUUGUUGGUUAACUCAUUGCCUUGAUGAA